AUGUUACAAUAUGCACAGAAGAGAGUUAACGGUAUUCAAGAUUUGGAAAGAAAGCUCAAUGAAUUUGGAUAUCGUGUUGGUUAUCGUUUACUUGAAUUGUUAGCUUGGAGAGAGAAAUCAGCAAAACGAGAAAUAAAAGUCAUCAAUGUUCUCUAUUUUAUUCACAGUACAGUUUGGAAAGCAUUAUUCAACAAAUCAGCAGAUUCACUUGAAAAAAGCACUGAAAAUGAAGAUGAAUACAUGAUAUCCGAUAACGACCCGCUAUUGACAAGAUAUAUAUCAGUGCCAAAAGAACUUUCACAGCUCAACUGUAAUGCCUUUGUUGCUGGCAUUGUGGAAGCUGUUCUGGAUGGAUGUCAAUUUCCUGCCCGAGUUACUGCACAUACUGUGCCCAUUGAUGGAUUUCCACAACGAACGACAAUCCUGAUCAAACUGGAUAAAGAGGUGUUGGAAAGAGAGGAAUUUCUGAAAUGA